CUUCUUGGUAAGAAAUGGAGGAAUCACAACAUCCUUUGACCAUGUCACCUUCACCUAGAGGUGAUGUAUCCUCACCAGCACCUAAUCAAGUAGAUAAUGUUCAAUCCAAUCUUCGAGCCCAUCGUGAUAGUUUGACACACGUGGUGACACACUAUGAACAAUCGCCACCAUUCAAUCAUUCUAGUACUCUUCAACAACCAUCAGCACCUUUUCCACGAGGCCGGUCUAAAUCACUUGCAUAUGACAUGACAGGUCAAUCACUCUUACAUCAACUACCUGUUGAUUUCUGGGGUCCUGAUCCAAGAUUCUCAACUGGUAUUCCUUACAAGGCGAAAACGUGGGAACCGACUCUUGAAAAAGCGAUUAAGGCUAUCAUCUCUAUCAAAGCUAGUCAUGUUCGUAGUUUUGAUACUGAAACUUCAGGUGCUUAUACUGCUACUGGGUUUAUCGUGGAUGCUCAACAAGGUAUUGUGUUAACCAAUCGUCAUGUUGUCUCUCCUGCACCUAUUGUAGCACAAGCUGUAUUGACCAACUAUGAAGAAGUGGAUUUGAUGCCUAUCUAUCGUGAUCCUGUUCAUGAUUUUGGAUUUAUGCAGUUUGACCCCAGUAAAAUCAAGUUUAUGGAAUUGGAAGAAAUCGAAUUGAGUCCCGAAAGAGCCAAAGUAGGCUUGGACAUCCGUGUGGUUGGAAAUGAUGCUGGUGAAAAACUAAGUAUUUUGGCAGGUACUUUGGCAAGAUUAGAUAGACGUGCUCCUGAAUAUGGUGUAGGUGAAUAUAAUGAUUUCAAUACAUUUUAUCUUCAAGCAGCAUCUGGUACAAGUGGUGGAUCUUCUGGUAGUCCUGUUUUGGAUAUUGAUGGUCAUGCUGUUGCUUUAAAUGCUGGUGGUGCAAGUAGAGCAUCUUCAAGUUAUUAUUUACCAUUGGAUCGCGUUCAACGAGCUCUCAACUAUAUACGUCGUGCAGAAACUGUACCUCGUGCAACACUACAAACAGAAUUUGAAUAUUUACCUUACAAUGAAGUACGACGCUUAGGACUCAAGGCUCAUGUGGAAGAAAAGGUACGAACAAAGUUUCCCGAUGAAACAGGUAUGCUUGUGGUGCGAUCUGUGCUUCCUGAAGGUCCAGCUGACAAGAAGUUGGUGGCUGGUGAUAUCGUAAUUGGUUGUAAUGGAAAAAUGGUGCCUCAUUUUAUUGCUCUUUUUGGAAUCUUGGAUGAUGCUGUUGGGGAAGUUAUCAAAUUAACAAUUAGUCGAGGAAAGAAAAUUCAAGACGUGGAGUUGACUGUACAAGAUUUACAUAGUAUCACUCCUGCUACAUAUUGUGAAAUUGGUGGUGGUAUUGUACAUGAUUUAUCUUAUCAAUUGGCCAAAAGUUAUUCUCAACCUGUGGGUGGUGUCUAUGUGGCUACUUCAGGUCAUAUGUUGGCAAGUGCAAGUGCUUGGCGAAAAUCUAUCAUUACAAGUGUCAAUAAUGUACCUACUCCCAAUUUGGCAGCCUUUAUUGAUGCAAUGAACAAACUUCCUGAUGGUGCUAGAGUACCUCUUCGGUUUUACUCUUUACAUAAAGCUUACAAGGAUAAGGUCAUGAUCAUGCAUGUAGAUCGACAUUGGCAUCCAUUUAGAUUGGCUACUCGAAAUGAUUUGACUGGUGUUUGGGAUUACAAAGACAUGCCUCCUCCUCCAUCAUCACAUCUUGCUUAUGCACCAUCAACUGCUAGUUUUCCUCCAUUGGAUACUUCAUUGGCUCUGGCAGAAAAAGUCAUGCCUUCUUUUGUGGCUAUUGAUUUUUACUUACCCUACUUGGUGGAUGGUAUGAAAGCUACGCAAUUCUAUGGUACUGGAUAUGUGGUAUCGCUUGGACCUCGACCUUUGAUUAUCUGCGAUCGUGAUACGAUUCCUAUCAGUUUGGGUGAUGUUUUUAUUACAUUUGCCAAUAGUAUCAUUAUUCCUGGGAAGCUUGUCCUUUUACAUCCUUUUUACAAUUAUGCUUUGAUCACCUAUGAUCCAUCUUUGAUUGGAGAUACACCUAUCAAGCCAUUGGAAUUCAGCGAUGUGGAACUCAAUCAAGGGGAUGAAACUCAUUUUGUUGGUAUUAGUAGUGAUCACUCUACUAUGUUGAAAAAAGUUACGGUGGCAUCUAUUUCUAAUAUUGGCACUCGCGAAUGUUCUCCUCCUCGUUGGCGUGCCAUGAAUGUGGAAGGCAUCAAGAUUGACGAAAAUCUUAGUACACAAGGUGGAUUACUAACGACAAGUGAUGGAUUAGUACAAGCACUUUGGGUUAGCUAUUCAUCUCAAAACGAAAAGGGCAAGGAUACAUCGUUUAUGUCUGGUCUUUCGUCUUCAUUGAUUCAACCUACUUUACAACGAAUGAUGAUGAACGAUCAUCAACCUAUGAUAUUCAAAGGUCUUGAUGCUGAAUUUUGGACUAUGCGACUAGCGGCAGCUCGUACACUGGGACUUUCAGAAGAAUGGAUCAAGAAACUGGAACAAAGUGGAAGUAAACGAUAUACACUUCUAUAUGUACUCAACAUCUUAGAUGAACGUAGUGCUCUAUCGGAUAUUUUGCACGUGGGUGACAUUAUAUUAACCAUGCAAGGCAAGCUGGUGACGCGGAUGACAGAUUUGACAACAUUGCAGGAUCUUGAUACAGUACGUAUGGUGAUUCUUCGUGAUGGCAAGGAAAUGCAGGUGGAUAUCCCACUCAGCACAUUUAGUGAUUAUGAAACAACUGAAGUGAUUGGAUGGCAAGGGGCACUGAUUCAACGUCCCUACAAGGCAGUCUUGGAACAAGUGCGCAAUGUGCCUACAGGUGUGUACGUAUCUUGUACAUUAUAUGGAUCUCCAGCAUCGAAUGUUUUACGACCAGGUGUAUGGAUAGUGGAAGUACAAGGUCAACCGGUACAUGAUCUGGAUGAUUUCUUACAGGUGGUGCAUACUCAUGAAUUGGAAACAAAACGUAGGCGACGUCCAAGUUAUAUUCCUCCUGUACGACGUGCAAGUGAUCAACGUGAUAUUACUGUGGAUGAAAAGGAAUGUCUCCGAGCCGAUCAAGACAAUGAAGAUGACGAUGACAAUAAUGAUGAAGGAUACAUCCGUAUCAAGACAAUCAGUCGGAACGAUAUUGUGCGUGUGGUAGCUUUGAAAUUGGAUCUCCAUUAUUGGAAUACCUGGCGACUACAACGGGAUGAUAGUACUAUGUCUGGUUGGAUGGCGAUCAAUGCUUGAUUUAUUACUAUUUAUUUG